AUGCCCACCGAAGAACGUAAAGAAGGCUACGAAAUUCGCGAGGUGAUCCAGACGACUGCCUCAAACUUCUUCAAUUCCCUCACAAACUCCCAAACUCCACUAGCGGUCGUUCUCCCCACCGCGUUUGCCCUUGGCUCGCUCUCAACAGUAGUUGGAACCUCUGUAUACAGGCGGUACUUUCGUAGAAUAAGAAAUGCGGAAUGGAUUACCCCGGACGUCUUUCAAAAGCGAAAGUGGGUGAAAGGAUACGUAACGAAUGUGGGGGACGCAGAUAACUUUAGAUUGUACCACACUCCCGGGCUGGGCUGGCGUUGGCCUCUGAAAUUUCGAAGAAUACCGGCCGCUACCAAAGCACUCAAAGACAAGACCAUACACAUCCGAAUCGCCGGAGUGGAUGCUCCAGAAGGCGCUCAUUUCGGCCGUCCAGCGCAACCGCAUUCCGCGGAAAGCCUGCUCUGGCUGAGGAACCGCCUACAAGGGCGCACUGUCUACUGCCAGCUCCUCCGCAGAGACCAGUAUAACCGCGUAGUCGCGAUCGUGGUGUCCCCGCGUCUGCUGCCGGGCUCGCUAGCGAUUAGAAGGGGAGCCAACCUUUCGAUAGAAAUGCUAAAGGCUGGCUGCGGCACAGUGUACGAGCAGAGCAACGCUGAAUACGGACAGUGGGGGAAAGAGCAGUAUAUGAGUGCGAUGGAGGAGGCCAAAUCGGCUCGUCGAGGCAUGUGGAAGGCCGGUACAAAUGGAGAAACGCCAGCUGAAUACAAACGUCGCUACGCCAACAGCAGCCCCAUUCCCACCUCGAAGGGACCUGGGGAAACUGACAGUACUGAGCCCGAUGCGAGUGAGAGUCCGCGCAGAACGUGGUUGAGUCGGAUUUGGAGAAGAUAG